AUGAAUGCCAUUUGCAUGGCAUGCGGGUGUUUACCAUUUGCUCAAAGCAAGAGCCUGACACACGUCGUUCACGUAACUAGAAAAACAAACCAUGGCAUCCGCCAUGGCCAUGAGAUCCGUGAUGCAGAUCCAACCGAGAACGACAGGUCUAAAGGCGAGCGGAACGCCGAGGGCUACCUGUCUAGUACCCCAUCGAUCACCCGUAAGAACUAUUACCAUCUGACAUUCAAUGCAGCCAGCGAGGAAGGAACCAUUAGAGAUAGUCCUGGAAACCGUAUUUCCAGCUGGCCAGAGGUGGUUGCGAGAAUUGCAUUCGGUGGUUUUGUUCCUUUCGCCACGCGAGAAUUGGUUGACAGCGUCCGAUUCACUGUACAAGGCCGUCAAGAACUUUCACUCGAGGAUAUACAUUAUAUCCGCAAAACCUUGCGUCGCUUAAUCAUCAGCUGUCAUAGGAAACAUCAAGAAAAACUACUUUUUGGUCAGUUUAUCGAGGAUGAAGCACGAACUAGGAAAGUUACAGUUACGUACGAUAAUCCCUCAAGGGUUGACACAGCAAGAGCUGGUGCAAUCUUUGCUCGUUACAUGACACUAUUGGAGUGCAUGACUGCCAAAAUUCCCAACGGUGAUAAACCGCGAGCAGCUUACGAGGCAUGCUGCAAUGAAGUGCGGUCAUCAUAUAAAGAAGCUUUGGACAAGGAAGCUAAAGGCAGUACUAAAUGUCAGCCUGAGUUUCUACCGGAUGGGAGGAGUAAAUCUUUGCAAGACCAAGCAGACAAAAUCUUUGAUGAUUUUGACCAGAACCAGGUAACCGCUGAUAAACCUUCCAAGGAUGUCCUUGCUGACAUGACUUCUCCAAUGGAAUGGGCUAAAUUAGAGUCCAAUUCAGACGCUUUGCUCGUACCUCUAGUCUUAUUCCACACACUUGGGUUCGAGGUGAAGUCGAGCAACGAGGUGUUGCCACGGGAAUUGUCAGCCACAGCUUCUCAGUUUUAUGCAUGA